CGUCAGUCACAAGUCGGACCCACAGAGCGGCCAUCGUCCGGUAAGUCAUCCAGUGUGGUUGGACGCGGCCGGUCGGGGUUCGCAUUCUGAGAAGACUCAUGUGAUCGAAUCGACUCGGUGGCAAGCCAACAAACGAACGUACUCACGGGUAUCAGCGGUGCUUGCCGUUUCCCAAUAUGACUUCCUCUGGCACUAGCAGGAUGCUCGAUUGAACAGAUCUGUCCAUACUCUCACCCCAAUCCAGUUGGUGCCAUCAUUGACCACCUUGUCGUGUAUCCAUGGAGCUCAGGCCCUUACCGGGCGCUGGCGGAAGGCCGAAACCUGACUAUGCGCCGUCAAGUAUAGACCACCUAACUGAUGAGGAAGUCAUCCACCUCGUGAACACGAGGCCAGAACAGGAGAGUGGACAGAUUGCUUUCGGAGACGACAACAUCUUCCGUGUCGCGCAUGAUAUCGUGGGGAAGUACGCUCAAGAUCAAUAUCGAGUUGGACAGCACAUCGACGAGCCAUCGGAGGCUCUUACCCUCGACCUCGUCUUCCAACACACAACGAUACCCGUUCCGCGCGUGCGACGCGUCAUCAGGAAUGGCGAUAGCUCUAAUGAUAUCCUGAUGGACUACAUCCCCGGACGGCAGUUGUCGGUCGUCUGGCCAACCAUGUCUGUCGAAGAACAACUUCGCAUCGUGUUUACUCUGCGCGGCUAUGUGCGCCAACUGCAGGCCAUUCGUCACCCGCGCUCCGCUAUCCCUGGCCCAGUCGCACCGGGAAACGAGGCUCGAAUAAGCGAGUCACCAAUCUGGGGAAACGUCAUAGACCAACGUGGCCCCUUCGCAGACUACAGUGCAUUCUGCGCGUGGUUUGACAAGGCCCAAGAGGUUGCACAAAGUGCACGUCAGACAAUCCCUUGGUUGGCCGAGUCCUCUCGACAAAUUCGCCGAGACGUGCCGUUGAACACCCUCAUGGGCUCGACACCGCUCGUGCUGUGUCACCAGGACCUCAACAUGCGCAACAUUCUUGUCGGAGACGACGGCCGACUCUGGCUUAUUGACUGGGCGUGGUCGGGCUUCUACCCACCAUGGUUUGAGUACAUUGCGAUGAAGAUCCAGGCAGAGCACGAGGAACAGUCAGUAACAAAUCGGGAGGAACCGUUCUGGGAUCUCAUGAUCCCGUUCAUCUGCGGUCCCUACUACCGGGAGGAGCGUUGGCUCAAUUCUGUGUCCUUGGCGUUCAUGUAUAAGUUCGAACGUGCGCGCAGGACUGACGCGGCACCCGCCGAUGUCGAACGAUAGGUGCUAGUCACAUCCGUCUGCGAGUGCUAGUGCAAUAUGACCAUCGUGCGUUGCAACAAUGAUACAAUGUUCAGCAUUGGACGAUCGUCCACCAGUAUCAGCGCCCAGUGUCGAAACAUCUACCCAAUAGUAGUUACAUUCUACGCACCAUACAAUCACGUACAUGAUACUCGAGAACACAGGCAUGAUCGUAUUGAGCCGGCGACGUUCUGUAAUGUUAGAGGCUACAGACCCUUCUAGUACAACGCUGUUGGGAACAUGAGGUAUUCGUUCACUGGCGCUCCGAGUCAGCG